AGGCCCGGCAGGACAAUGGCGGCGGCGGCGGCGGCGGCGGGAUCGGCGGCCGUGCCCGGGGCCGGGGCGGGCGGCCCGGGCCCAGGCGGCCCCGCGGCGGCGGCGGCGGCAGCAGCAGGCGGCCCCGGCUCGGUGGGCUCCGCCGCCUCCGCCAGCCCCGUGUCGGUGUCGCGCCGCAAGGACGGGGGCCCCGCGGGCAAGUUCUGGGAGAGCCCCGAGACCGUCGCGCAGCUCGACGCCGCCCGCGCCUGGCUGGGCAAGCACUGCAAGAAGUAUGUUCAGGCAGAUGCUCCUACCAAUAAAACACUGGCUGGGCUUGUGGUGCAGCUGCUACAGUUCCAGGAAGAUGCCUUUGGAAAACAUGUUGCCAAUCCUGCCUUCACCAAAUUUCCUGCAAAGUGCUUCAUGGACUUCAAAGCUGGAGGAACGCUGUGUCACAUUCUUGGUGCUGCUUAUAAGUAUAAAAACGAGCAAGGAUGGAGGCGGUUUGACUUGCAGAAUCCUUCCCGCAUGGAUCGAAAUGUAGAAAUGUUUAUGAACAUUGAAAAAACAUUAGUGCAGAAUAACUGUCUGAGCAGACCAAUCAUCUACCUCGUUCCAGAUAUCGAGCUGAAGCUGGCAAAUAAACUAAAGGACAUAGUCAAACGACAUCAGGGCACAACCACAGAUGACAAGUCGAAAGCCACUCACCAUAUUUAUCCCAUUCCUACCUCAUUGGAUGAAGAAGAGUGGCUGAGACCAGUGAUGAAAAAAGACAAGCAGGUUCUUGUGCAUUGGGGCUACUAUCCGGACAGCUAUGACACUUGGGUUCAUGCUGGUGAUAUAGAUGCGGAAGCUGAAGAGCCUCCAAUUCCAGAAAAACCAUGGAAGGUUCAUGCCAAAUGGAUUCUGGACACAGACGUGUUCAAUGAAUGGAUGAAUGAAGAAGAUUACGAGGUAGAUGAGAACAAGAAGCCCAUUAGCUUUCGCCAGCGGAUCUAUAUGAAGAAUGAAGAACCAGUCCGCAGCCCGGAACGCCGAGAUAGGAAGGCGGCUGCAGGCGCCCGGAAAAGACGGCACUCUCCUUCUCCUCCACCCACCCCGGUUGAGUCGAGGAAGAAGGCUGGAAAGAAAGGACAAGCCGGUCUUUAUGGGAGAAGGCGGGGGCAAAAGGAAGACGAUGACCAGGAGGACCUCACGAAGGACAUGGAGGAUCCAGUCCCUGUGCCUAACAUAGAAGAAGUGGUCCUUCCUAAAAACGUAAACCCAAAGAAAGACAGUGAAAACACUCCCGUGAAAGGAGGAACAGUAGCAGACCUUGAUGAGCAGGAUGAAGAGACCCUCGCUGCAGGAGGAAAGGAAGAUGAAGACCCCAACAAAGGGGAUCAGAGCCGCUCAAUGGACACUGGAGAAGACAAUGUCACAGAGCAGACAAACCACAUCAUUAUCCCCAGCUAUGCAUCCUGGUUUGACUAUAACUGUAUUCACGUGAUCGAACGCCGUGCUCUUCCAGAAUUCUUCAACGGGAAAAACAAAUCAAAGACCCCAGAAAUAUUCUUAGCUUACCGCAAUUUCAUGAUUGAUACCUAUCGCUUAAACCCUCAAGAGUACUUGACCAGUACUGCCUGCAGAAGGAACUUGACUGGAGAUGUUUGUGCAGUAAUGAGAGUACAUGCCUUUCUGGAGCAAUGGGGGCUUAUUAAUUACCAAGUGGACCCAGAAAGCCGGCCAAUGGCCAUGGGCCCCCCUCCCACGCCGCAUUUCAAUGUGCUGGCUGACACCCCUUCUGGGCUUAUGCCACUUCAUCUCCGUGUGCCUCAGAUCCCAGCUGCUCAGCAGAUGUUGAAUUUCCCUGAGAAAAACAAGGAAAAGCCUACCGAUCUGCAAAACUUCGGGCUUCGCACAGAUAUCUACUCAAAGAAAACAUUAGCAAAGAGCAAAAGCGCAAGUGCUGGGCGAGAAUGGACAGAACAAGAGACUCUGCUGUUGCUGGAGGCUUUGGAAAUGUACAAAGAUGACUGGAAUAAAGUGUCGGAACACGUCGGGAGCCGCACUCAAGAUGAGUGCAUCCUCCAUUUCCUGAGACUGCCCAUUGAGGAUCCUUACUUGGAGAACUCGGACGCCUCCCUGGGCCCUCUGGCUUACCAGCCUGUGCCAUUCAGCCAAUCUGGAAACCCGGUGAUGAGCACGGUCGCUUUUCUGGCAUCUGUGGUGGAUCCCCGUGUGGCUUCUGCCGCAGCAAAAGCAGCUCUAGAGGAAUUUUCCCGGGUCCGAGAAGAGGUACCCCUGGAGCUGGUUGAGGCCCAUGUCAAGAAAGUGCAGGAGGCAGCCAGGGUCUCUGGAAAGCUGGAUCCCACAUAUGGGCUGGAGAGCAGCUGUAUUGCUGGCACAGCCCCAGAAGAGCCAGAAAAGCUUGAUGGUUCUGAAGAAGAAAAAAUGGAAACAGAGAUAGAUGGGACACAGGCAGAAAAAGUUAAGGUAGAAAACAAAGGGGAGAGUGAAAUGGAUGGGAACAAAGUACUGGAAGGAGAAGAGGAGAGACAUGCAGAAAAGGAGCAAGAUGGUGACGUCCCUCUGGAUACUAAACCAGAUGAAAGGGAAGGAGAAGAGAACAAGGAGAACCUUGAUCUGUGCAAAGACAAGGAAAGCGACGCUGGGAAGAAGAGAGGGGAGCACGGAACCUCCGAAGGGAACGUCGCAACGGCCGCAGCUGCCGCUCUGGCUUCAGCUGCUACCAAAGCCAAGCAUCUGGCAGCAGUCGAGGAGAGGAAGAUCAAGUCCUUGGUUGCCCUCCUGGUGGAAACUCAAAUGAAGAAACUAGAGAUCAAACUCCGCCAUUUCGAGGAGCUGGAAACAAUCAUGGACCGAGAAAAAGAGGCGCUGGAGCAGCAGAGGCAGCAGCUGCUGACGGAGCGCCAGAACUUUCACAUGGAGCAGCUGAAAUACGCGGAAUUGCGAGCUCGCCAGCAGCUGGAGCAGCAGCACAGUCAGAACGCUCAGCAGUCUCACCAGCAUUCCAGUGGCCCGGGCAUGAACCCCCUGGGGACGCCUGGACACCCGGGCCUGAUGCCUCCCCAGCAACCGCCUCCGUAUCCCAUGAUGCACCACCAAAUGCCCCCUCCUCACCCCCCACCGCCAGGUCAGAUCCUGGGGCCAGGCUCCAUGAUUCCUGGGCAGCCCAUGCCCAGCCGGAUGAUGCAGACAGCGGCAGCCAGCGGCAGCACUCCGCAGCCGGGUACAUCACCAGCAGCAGGGAACGUGGCUGGACCUCGGGGGCCACUGGCUUCUCCCAACGGCUUGUAUCCUGCACCACCACAGCAGCCACCUCCAGCCGACGGGGUAACUCCGCCUCCUGCAGGAGCUCCACCGCCCUCCACCGCUCCCUGACGCGGUCCAGCAACAAGGAAUUGGUCGUGCUGUGCCAGUAGCAACCAAAACCCCACCCUUCCUCCGUCCCUCGCCCCUCCUUUCUACGGCUUGGGUUCCCUGGGCGCACCGGCAGGCAGCUUGGCCUCCACGCUCUGGGCCUUGCUUGCCUGCCAGGGCCACACAACAGGCUUCUGCUGCCGCUUCUUGGUGCUUUGUAUUUCGGCCUCGGGGCUCUCUCAGCUCAGCUGACGGCCUCUCCAGUGGGGCUGCUUCAGCAAAGUACCAAGGUGCUGCAGUGUGGGCAGGGGUGCAAAAGGAUGGGGGGGUCAAGGGGGAUCCCCCUGGCCUGAGCAGCCUGAUUCGCACUGGCUUGAGGGUCUGCAGGGGGCCGUUUUCAGGAGCCUGGCUGAGCUCUGGAGUGGGAAGAGGAAGUCUCGAUUAGCCAGGCUCCGGAUCGAUUGGCAUAAGCCCUCUGCAGUGGUGGCAGUGUUUCCAGCUCCCGUCUUUUCAGCAGGCAAAGGGAGAGGGGAAGCGGCUGACAUGACUCCUCUCCCCCCCCCGCUCUUUCCUGUACACAGUGCAGCAGCCGAGGGAGGAAGGAAAUCCACUGUUCUCUGUCCUUUUUUUGAGCAUACCUUGUGUGUGAUUCUUCUAAGUGAGCAAGCCAGUGGAUGCCUGUAGGCAGCAGUGAAGUGCUAGCACGUGAGACCAUGUUGGGUGUCACUAGCAGAACUACCUCUUGCAGCCAGGUGAGGGGGAUGGGGCAGCACAGUCAGCAAGGGAAAAAAACGGUACUUGAUUCCUUUUUGGAAUUGCCCUGAUGGUAGUUGAGAAAGAUACUACUCAUUUUGCCACCUCCUCUCACGUAGGCCUCCCACCCACCCACCCCGUCACUGCCACCUGCUGAUCUUCAACACAUUCCAUCCAUUCCCCAGGCCUAGUCAAGGAUAGCAAUCGUGGUACUACAUAGUGGGACAAAGGGGUAUCCUUUUCUACUCCAGUAAAAUUCUGGGUUGCCACCCUCCCUGCUCUGUGCCCGCUUCUUGGGCAUUCCUCUCUAUCCCAUUACCAUUCCCGUUGUCUGCCACUUUCCAAGAAGUUCCCGUGUAGCUGGGAAACUUCAGUUAGGGUAGAUGGCAACCUGUUGUCAACUUUGCAGAGGGACCCUUCUCAUCCUAAGCUGUCCGGUACGCCUGUCCACACCAUUACCUCUCAUGGCAAGGUGGUUCCCACUGGCAGGCACCAGGGUCCCUCCUCAUUUUCCUUGUGUACCCCAAAAGGAAGCCAGGAUUGACAACUUUGCUUAUAGCUCCAUCGCAGCAGGAAAGAAGAUGGGCUUCGGGACUGGUUCUGCCUUGCUACUUCCUAUUCUCCCUGUGCUGCCUUUGAGAAUCCGCUCCGGCUGCCUGGGGGAGGAGAGCGACUCUGUCCCCCUGCUGUGACGUAUCCCCCCCCCCCACGCGCACGCGCCCCCACCCACUCCGAGGGGAAACUUCCUUCCCCCCCUCCCCACGUCUUCGGAACAGCGUGGAAUGGAGAUUCCAAACAAUGUCCUCUUUAGAUUAAUAUCCUCAGGUUGUUUUUAGCGAGAUCCACUUCAGAUGUAAAAGUUCUAGAUGGAGAACUUGUUUUUUACUCAGCUUUUGACUGUGUCCUGCGCUGUCCUCCGAACGGUUCACACGGUCGUCUUUCUGUACAAAUGAACAAAGGGGUGACUUUUUUCUUCCAGUCUGCUCAAAUGUGUGGAAAAACAAACUUUGUUCCUGCAGCGCAGCCACCCAAUUUUGUGAAAUAAAAAUGCGGGUUUUUUUAACAGACAA